GAAGAAUUCCAUUCGAAUGCACGGGCAUUCCUUAAUGGUUGUCCGAAGAGCAGGAAAGCAGAGGACGGGUGUAUAUAAGAUGGUACGUGCGCGGGUCACUGUGUAGCAGGCACUUCUGUUUGACUUCGCGACUCUGAGCACAAACAGCCACAGAACCCAUCAAGAUGUGUGACGACGACGAGACUACAGCUCUGGUGUGCGACAAUGGCUCUGGCCUGGUCAAGGCUGGUUUCGCCGGUGAUGACGCCCCCAGGGCCGUCUUCCCUUCCAUCGUCGGCCGCCCACGUCACCAGGGUGUGAUGGUCGGUAUGGGUCAGAAAGACUCCUACGUUGGAGACGAGGCUCAGAGCAAGAGAGGUAUCCUGACCCUGAAGUACCCAAUCGAGCACGGCAUCAUCACCAACUGGGACGACAUGGAGAAGAUCUGGCACCACACCUUCUACAACGAGCUCCGCGUGGCCCCUGAGGAGCACCCAACCCUGCUCACCGAGGCCCCUCUGAACCCCAAAGCUAACCGUGAGAAGAUGACCCAGAUCAUGUUUGAGACCUUCAACGUCCCCGCCAUGUACGUGGCCAUCCAGGCCGUCCUGUCCCUAUAUGCUUCUGGCCGUACCACCGGUAUUGUGCUGGACUCUGGUGAUGGUGUGACCCACAAUGUGCCCAUCUAUGAGGGUUACGCUCUUCCCCACGCCAUCAUGCGUCUGGACUUGGCUGGUCGCGAUCUGACAGACUACCUGAUGAAGAUCCUGACCGAGCGCGGAUACUCUUUCGUCACAACCGCCGAGCGUGAGAUUGUCCGUGACAUCAAGGAGAAGCUCUGCUACGUCGCACUGGACUUUGAGAAUGAGAUGGCCACCGCCGCCUCCUCGUCCUCUCUCGAGAAGAGCUACGAGCUUCCCGACGGUCAGGUCAUCACCAUCGGUAACGAGCGUUUCCGUUGCCCCGAGACCCUGUUCCAGCCUUCCUUCAUUGGUAUGGAGUCUGCCGGCAUUCACGAAACCGCUUACAACAGCAUCAUGAAGUGUGAUAUUGACAUCAGAAAGGACCUGUAUGCCAACAACGUCCUGUCUGGUGGUACCACAAUGUACCCUGGUAUUGCUGACCGUAUGCAGAAGGAGAUCACAGCCCUGGCUCCCAGCACCAUGAAGAUCAAGAUCAUUGCUCCCCCUGAGCGCAAGUACUCCGUCUGGAUCGGCGGCUCCAUCCUGGCCUCCCUGUCCACCUUCCAGCAGAUGUGGAUCACCAAGCAGGAAUACGAUGAAGCCGGCCCCAGCAUCGUCCACCGCAAGUGCUUCUAAGCGCCUGGCUCACCAUCCUAUCAUUGCUUCCUGCUCAGGAACCAAGUGAUGAUGCAUUGCUCCUGUGGACAGCUUUUCUACAGUCGUCAUUUAUGCACAUCUAUGACGUAGGAGCGAGCAGUAAAAGCAUAAACUGAGAAAACGUCAAGGCAGAGAAAAAUACCAAGCGCUCUCAUUGCACACAAAUGUAUUUAUUACUGACUUCCAUGGCUUGGUAUUUUGGCGAAUGCUGUUUGAAAUUGAAGGACCCCGCUAUCUUAGAUUCCAGUGACUCUGACUUACGUUCCACUGUACACCCGGUUCAGUUGAUGACCAACACAAUUCACACUUCAACAGACAAAUAAAACUGAAAAUCUAUUUUUAAA